GCCUCCUUCACUUCACACACCCUUAUCCUCAAACCUCAAACCCUUCUCCAAAACCCCUCUUCCUUCUUCUUCCUCUCAUCCCACAUUAUCUGCAUCAAGAAAACAACCUUAAAACAAUGUCUUUCUCCGCUAAAGCUGUACUAAACCCUGCUUCAAUGGCGACAAACGCCUGUUUGAUUUCAUCCCCAUCGCUCUUCACUGGUUCGAAGGUUUCGUACAAACCCAUUAAAUUCCAGGCUGCUUCUUCUUGCAAGAACAUUUCCUCUUUGUCGCUCCAUUCUUUCUUCUCUCUUACGAGAAAAUUGCGGCUGUCUGUUGUGUCGGCUCAAGAAGAAGGGAACAACCCAGUGAUUCUUGAAGAGAAAGAAGAGGAAGAGGUUGAGGGUGGGUUCAAAUGGGGUGCGAACGUCGUCGGCGAGGCGGCGGGUGAAGGCUACGCGCAGCCGCCGGAGGGAGCCAAGGUGUACGUCGGUAACUUGCCGUACGAUGUUGAUAGUGAGAAAUUGGCUCAGUUGUUUGAGCCGGCUGGUGUUGUUGAGAUUGCUGAGGUUAUUUACAGUAGAGACACUGAGCAGAGUCGAGGGUUUGGUUUCGUAACAAUGAGCACCGAAGAAGAGGCGGAGAAGGCAGUGGAGAUGUUCAGCCGUUUUGAUAUGGGAGGGAGGCUGUUAACAGUUAACAUCGCAGCUCCAAAAGGAUCAAGAAUCGAACGACCUCCACCUUCGUUCGAACCUACUCACAAGAUAUACGUAGGUAACCUUUCAUGGAAUGUGGACGACUCGAGCCUCGAGGAGCUAUUCAGUCAGCACGGUAAAGUUGUGAGUGCUAGGGUUAUCUCCGACAGAGAAACCGGAAGGUCCCGUGGUUUCGGCUUUGUAGUAAUGUCGAGCGCCUCCGAAAUGAACGAUGCCAUUGCCAACCUUGAUGGAGAGAGUUUGGAUGGGAGGGCGAUCAAAGUGAAUGCUGCAAGUGAAGACAGACCGAGGCGCAGCAGAUUUUGAUUCGAUUACAAUUUAAAAAGCAAGUGUUUUUUUUUUUGGUUCCGGUUUUAGUUUUUGUACUGUCGAAUAGUUAAGAAUUUUGGCAAAGACAUUGGGAGUUGAUAUGCUGAAGCAUCGUCGUGAAAUUUUGAUGCAUUUUUGUUGCACAAUUGCGUAAUUGUUUCUUACUGCAGUUUUUGUUACGAAUCUUUUGCUUCGUUUGUCGUCGGGUUAUGCAGUAAUAUUCGUUUAGUUUA